UACCGUCAAUUCCUAUCUUUUUGAAACCCUCUCCAACGUUCCUAUUUUUGUUCAAACACAUCAACGAGGCAAAAAUAAAUAAAACAAAAAUCAUCUCUCUUCUUCGUCCCUCCCUUCUCUCAAGAAUCGAAACCGAAACAGAGGAAACAUCACCACCAAUGGGAUGUUUUGCAGGUUGUUUCGGUCUCUCUUCCAACACAAAACGCAGAAACUCCACCAGGAAGAUCCUUCCUCGACAUCAAAGAAUCUGUAGCUAUGAGCCUCUACUCUCUUCAGAUCCGUCAGAUUCCAUCGCCAAUGUAGAUAGCCCUGAAAACAUCUUGAGUUCGAACCUCAGGUGUGAGGUAGAGUCAGAGGAGGGGGAGAAGAAAGGAACAAAGAAGACGAGGAAAAGAGUCAGGUUUAACUUGAAUGUACAAACCUUUGAACCAACAACUCUACCAUCAAGAUAUGAGAAUUACUGCAGUGAUGAUGAUGAUGAUGAUGAUGAAGAGGCAAAAGGAGGAAUAAAGAGCAGUAGAUCUGUGUAUCCUGCAAACUACAGAUACCAUAACUGUGUGGAUGGCUUAGAUGAAGAUGAAUUGGGAUAUGGAGAGAGUGAUCUGGAGGAUGAAGACUAUUACACAGAUGAUGAAGGUGAUGCUGAUGAUGAAGAUGAAGAAGAAGAUGAGGAGCAGGAUGUGACUCCUCUGUUGAAUCCAGUUGAGAACAUUGCGCAGUGGAAAGCGGUUAAAGCAAAGCCAGUGAGAAGAGUUAAAGAGCUAAUGAAGGAGAACGUUGAAGCAGAUAGUGGUAGUGAUGAUCAAGCAAGACCACUACUAAUGAAGGAGAUCAUCGUCAAUACUAGCCUUGCCGAUUGGUUAGCCUCACCGAAGACUUUUCAUGGGAAUGGUUCAGCUAAGAGAUCCCCAAUUGUUGAUAUCACCAACAUGGAGAACAGGUCAAAGGUUUCAUAGUGAUUGAUUCACCAUUGUGAAGGAGGAGAAGAAAGAAACCGUGUGUGUGUUUUGUUGUUUUUCUUUGUUUUGUGUGCAAGAGAUAUGGAGGUUUUGUAUCGAUCUUUCAAUGUUUUUUCGCAUCUCUGCUUAUGAUUUGGUGAGGAGGAAAGCUACUGGAAGCAGAGGAAUAUAAUGGCUGCACAUUGUUUACAAUUGAAUUUAGCUUGUGUUGUUGCAGUGAAAAGACAUACAUAGUUUACUG